CGCGCGUCCGCUGGAGGGUGAAAAUCGUUCGGACUGCGAGGACAGUGAUCGCCUUCCUUAGCGGUCCUUGUAGAGCGCCCAGGGUGCGCUGGGUGGGAGAGGGCACGAGGAGGGAAAUGGGUUCUAUGUCUAGAGAAGGGCUAACGCAAGGGGGAAGCCAGCGGAUCCUGGGGUUGAGGGGACCGCGGUGGCACUGGGCUCGGCCAUCGCUUCUAAGAGACACCCCUCCGGGAUCGGGAUGAGAAGGAGAGCGCCUUGGAGAGAGGAGCCUGAGAACCCUGCAGGCUGGUGGAGCUUUUCAUCUGGGACACCCCGGAGACCAAGAGAGAGCAGUCUGUCUCCCUUCCACGCGAUGGCUUCGGCGAAGACUUACGUGACCAAGUUCAAGUCCUUCGUGAUUUUGUUCUUCUCCCCGAUUUUGCUGCUUCCACUCAUCAUUCUGGUACCUGACAAGUUUGUCAGGUGUGCCUACGUUAUAAUCCUCAUGGCCAUCUACUGGUGCACAGAUGUCAUCCCGGUGGCUGUCACCUCCCUCCUGCCUGUCUUGCUUUUCCCACUUUUGAAGAUACUGGACUCCAAGCAGGUAUGUGUGCAAUACAUGAAGGACACCAACAUGCUCUUCUUGGGCAGCCUCAUUGUGGCUGUGGCUGUGGAGCGCUGGAAGCUUCACAGGAGGAUCGCCUUGAGAAUGCUGCUCUAUGUGGGAACCAAGCCCUCACGGCUGAUGCUGGGCUUUAUGUUCGUCACAGCCUUCCUGUCCAUGUGGAUCAGCAAUACUGCCACCACGGCCAUGAUGGUGCCCAUUGUGGAGGCUAUGCUGCAGCAAAUGGUAGCUGCAAAUGUAGCUGUGGACACCUGCCAGGGGACACUGGAGCUGUCGGACAAGGACAAGGCCAGAGAGUUGCCAGGAAACCUGAUGAUAUUUGAAGACCUCACUCUGCAGAAGCAGGAGGACCAGGACACAAAGAACAUGUACAAGGCUAUGAACCUGUGUGUGUGCUAUGCGGCCAGCAUUGGGGGUACGGCCACCUUGACCGGGACGGGACCCAACGUGGUGCUCCUGGGCCAGAUGCAGGAAUUGUUUCCUGACAGCAAAGAUGUUGUGAACUUUGCCUCUUGGUUUGGAUUUGCCUUCCCCAACAUGCUCAUCAUGCUGCUGAUGGCUUGGCUGUGGAUCCAGUGUUUUUAUAUGAGAUCCAACUUCAAAAAAUCUUGCGUCUGCUGCGGGCAGAAGAGGAAGAACAACGAGGCGGUUGCCUACAAGGUUCUGCAGGAGGAGUACAGGAAGCUGGGGCCCCUGACCUACGCCGAAUGCAACGUGCUUUUCUGCUUCGUCCUGCUUAUCACCCUGUGGUUCACCCGAGACCCCGGCUUCAUGCCUGGCUGGCUGUCCGUUGCCUGGUCCGAUGGACAUACCAAGUAUGCCAGCGAUGCCACGGUGGCCAUCUUUGUGGCCAUCUUGCUUUUCAUCGUACCCUCACAAAAGCCCAAGUUCAACUUCAGCAGCCAGACUGAGGAAGAAAGGAAAACUCCAUUCUACCCUCCAGCAUUGCUGGAUUGGAAGGUCACCCAAGAGAAAGUGCCCUGGAGCAUCGUGCUGCUCCUGGGAGGAGGAUUUGCUAUGGCAAAAGGAUGUGAGGCCUCAGGGCUCUCUGAGUGGAUGGCGAGCCAGAUGGAACCCCUCAACUCGGUGAGACCUGCAUUCAUUACCUUGAUCUUGUCCUGCCUUGUUGCAAUGACCACGGAGUGCACAAGUAAUGUGGCCACCACCACCCUGUUCCUGCCCAUCUUUGCCUCCAUGUCUCGUUCCAUCGGCAUCCACCCACUGUACGUCAUGAUCCCCUGCACCAUGAGUGCAUCGCUUGCCUUCAUGUUGCCUGUAGCCACUCCGCCUAAUGCCAUCGUGUUUGCCUAUGGACACCUCAAAGUCAUUGACAUGGUGAAGACAGGAUUCAUAAUGAACUUUAUUGGGAUCGCAAGUGUGUUUUUAUCGGUCAACACCUGGGGAAGGUUCAUGUUUAACUUGGAUGAUUUCCCUGACUGGGCUAACUCAACAAGCAUUAACACUUAGGAAGAGCGACGGAGCACAAACAUGACCCCCUACCCUUUUGAGAACAAUGAACCUUCUGGCACAGCUUGCACAGAGCACUGGUGCUCAACCCCAGUGUGAUCCAAUGAUGCCAACACCCUAAGAAGAUCUAGCCAACUAGCCACCUCUUCCUCCAGGCUCAGAUACAGAGAUGGUAAUGGGUGAUGGGGAGAGGGGCUCAGAAAGGGAGGGAACCCCUUUGAGAGGUCAUGAGGCUCAGCGUGCCCGGGGCCCUACCAGCUCCUCUGGGACAGGCAGGAAGCAAAGGGACCAGGACUCAAGACCCUGUACCAUGUGGCUUUGAAAGACUGCUGGCCCCAUGCUGGGCUCCGGCACUCACAUGCUUGUUCCCACGGUGCCCACAUGGGGAUCAGCUCACCAGGCUGAGAGGCCAGCCCCUGGACCUCUUCUGGAUGCCCUCUGGAUCAUCUCUGUCACUCUGAAGGGACUUCCCAUCCAGGACAGAACUCUGAUCUUGCACAGCUUCCCACUGCCAGAGUGACCUCCUGAAGCCUUAGAUCCUACGUGGUGCCGUCAGCAAAGGCUGGGUAACCUGAGGUGCUAACAUCACGACGUUCCUGCUCACCAUCGGCUGGCCUGUCCCCUCCUUGCCUCAUUUCAUAUUAAUUAACCAUUCGGACCCCUUUCCCUGACGCCCCCGUGAGCCUCCCUCAGCUCCUAGAUCCCUUUAUUGUCUUAGCCAGCAGCUGCUUAGCCCCCCUGGAUCGAGGCUCCUGAGAAAACCCCUGUUUUUCCAGGGGGGCACUUAGUUUGAUUUUCUGGGGAUGCUCUUCCUGCCAUUCCAGUAUGGCUGGGAUCACUCUCCAAGGAUGGACAACGGUGUCUCUCUGGGAGAUGGUGUCAAAGCUGGCUGCCGAAGUCUCCCUUUGGUUAGACCCAGAGCGGAUCCCACAGCUCAUUCCCAAGGACUGGGCCACUGCACUUUGUCUGUCCUGCUGGACUCUGAGCUCCUUUGGGAAAGCCUUUCCCCUGCUGGCCGUGUAUUGUGGCCAGGCCUGGUGGCAACAGAGCAUGGCUGAGAAUGAGUGGCACUUGUCGGUCCCACGCAGACAGAUUCUGCUAGGGUAAAUUGAUGGUAUGGGGAGUUCAUAGUGGCCAUGGGAACCC